AUGGUGCGGCUCGAAAAGGAGAAGCCAGAAAUGGAGCCAAGAGACCAGUGGAAUAAUAAAAUGGAGUUUAUGCUCUCCAUGUCUGGGAAGAUCAUCGGCCUGGGCAAUGUCUGGAGAUUCCCUUAUCUCUGUUACAAAAAUGGACGUGGUGCCUUCUUUAUCCCCUACCUCAUCUUCGUCUUCACCUGUGGGAUCCCCAUGUUCUUCCUGGAGACAGCACUAGGACAGUACACCAGCCACGGAGGGGUCACCGCCUGGAGGAAGAUCUGCCCUCUCUUUGAAGGAAUUGGUUAUGCCUCACAAGUCAUCGAAUCCUAUCUGAAUAUCUACUACAUUGUCAUCCUAUCUUGGGUUAUCUUCUACCUGUUCAGCUCCUUUACUGCUGUGCUUCCCUGGGCCACCUGUAAUAAUCCUUGGAACUCAGAGAACUGUUUGUUCAAUCGCAGCGUGGACUUUCUGAAUCACUCUAACGUGGAGAACUGGACAGCGCCUGCUAAUGCCACGUCCCCAGUAACUGAGUUCUGGGAGAAGCGAGCCCUGGGGCUCACAGACGGUAUUCACAAUCUGGGCACUGUGCGCUGGGAGCUGGCUCUCUGCCUCCUGCUCGCCUGGGUCAUCUGCUACUUCUGCAUCUGGAAAGGAGUCAAGUCCACAGGCAAAGUUGUUUACUUCACUGCCACAUUUCCCUACUUGAUGCUUUUUGUCUUGCUGAUUCGAGGGGUCACCCUGCCUGGUGCUGCUGAGGGGAUCAUGUUCUACCUGAGGCCAGACAUUUCCAGGCUUGCAGACCCACAGGUGUGGAUGGAUGCAGGCACUCAGAUCUUCUUCUCUUAUGCUAUCUGCCAGGGGUGCCUGACAGCCUUGGGCAGCUACAACAAGUACAAUAACAACUGUUACAGGGACUGCUUCAUGCUAUGUUUCCUGAAUAGUGCCACCAGCUUUGUGGCCGGCUUUGCUAUCUUCUCUGUGCUGGGCUUCAUGGCACAAGAACAGGGCGUGCCCAUUUCAGAAGUGGCCGAGUCAGGUCCGGGCCUAGCAUUCAUUGCGUAUCCAAAGGCUGUAAUGAUGAUGCCUGUGUCUCAGCUCUGGUCCUGCCUAUUCUUCCUUAUGCUGAUCUUUCUGGGACUGGACAGCCAGUUCGUCUCUGUUGAGAGCCUGGUGAUGGCCAUUGUUGACAUGUACCCAAAAGUUCUCCAGAAGAAAGGGCACCGGGAGCUGCUGAUCCUGGCCGUUGCAGUCAUAUGCUACCUACUUAGCCUGAUGCUAGUCACUGAGGGUGGAAUGUACAUCUUCCAGCUGUUUGAUUAUUAUGCUGCCAGCGGUACGUGCCUACUGUUCCUGGCCAUUUUUGAACUCAUCUGUGUUGGCUGGGUGUAUGGUGCAGACCGUUUCUAUGACAACAUCGAGGACAUGAUUGGUUAUCGGCCAUGGCCGCUGAUUAAGAUGUGCUGGCAGGUUGUCACCCCUGGUGUUUGCCUGACGUUGAUCCUGAUCACUGGCAUGGUGGGAACGUUCCCCAUCCCAGCACCAGUUCCCCUCUCCACGCUGCAGUUACUGUUCAGUUACGCCCAUGUAACGGUCACCGAUGAGGCGCUGUUGGGACUUUCUAAAGCUAGCUCGCCAAAUGAUUUUCGGGAGCAUCAAGCCCUUCUCUGGCGUGUGGCCGAGAACUUGGGGCUUGAGGCGCAAGAGAUGGCGGAGCAGGAGUACACCAUCCUCAGCGUCCUCUCGGCCUCUACGCCUGCCACCCACCUGCCCGGAGCCAAGAACGUCCUGGCAGAUCGCCUCAGCAGGACCUUCUCAUCUCGCCAUGAAUGGUCACUUCAUCCACAGGUGGUCAGUCUGAUCUUCUGCAGGUGGGAGACUCCCCAGGUGGACCUGUUCAUGUCCAGACAGAACAGGAAGUGCAACGUGUUCUGUUCUCUGCUGGGCAGGGACAAGGGCUCCCUGUCGGAUGUUAUCUUGAUUCUGUGGUCGGGAGCGCUCAUGUACGCCUUCCCACCAGUGCUGCAAAUACACAGAGUCCUGCUCAAGGUAAAGCAAGACAAAGGAUUGAUCAUUCUCAUAGCCCUGGCGUGGUCUCAUCAUCACUGGUUCAGCAUGCUGCUGAGUCUCUCGGCAGCCACCCGGCUGCAGCUGCCUCUUCGACCGGAUCUCCUGUCACAGAACUAUGGCAACCUGCUGCACCUGAACCUGGUGUUGCUGCACUUGACGGCUUCGCUGCUGCAUGGUUAA